CAAUCCCUCCCUGAGCCUCGUACUUGUCCAUCGAGAUUGUCCCUAGUUUCCUAACUGCAGUUACUAUUCCGCUCGUGUCUCGUGGAGGUUCUCCUAAAAAAACUGACACUGAGCAAUCACCUCCUGGUUUACUCACCAGCAAUCAUGGCAUCCCUCGUCGCCAAGGCCCCCGUGGCAGCGCAGGCCGCGACUCUCAAGUCGUCGUUCCUGGGCUCCAAGCCCCAGGCUAAGGCCGCCAGCGCUGCGCUGCCAGUGAAGAAGGCCAACGCGCGUGUGGUGUGCCAGGCUGGCGAUCGCUGGGGUGCUCUGGGCCGCGAUGGGUCCGACGACCAGCAGGACAUCACCCGCGGGUUCGGCAUGGUCGACUCCGCCUUCCAGGGUGCCCAAGGCCUUGGUACGCACAAGGCUGUCCUGUCCUCGUACGACUACGUCAGCCAAGGCCAAAGGAGCCUGCAGUGGGACAACACCAAGGACGGCUACUACAUCGCGCCGGCCUUCAUGGACAAGGUCGUCGUGCAUCUCGCCAAGAACUUCAUGAAGCUGCCCAACAUCAAGGUUCCUCUCAUUCUGGGAGUGUGGGGAGGCAAGGGUCAGGGAAAGACGUUCCAGAUGGAGCUCAUCUUCUCCAAGCUCGGCAUUAACCCCAUCAUGAUGAGCGCCGGUGAGCUGGAGUCCGGAAACGCCGGCGAGCCCGCGGCUCUGAUCCGUCAGCGGUACCGCGAGGCGUCGGACGUGAUUAAGAAGGGCAAGAUGUGCUGCCUGUUCAUCAACGACCUGGACGCGGGCGCUGGGCGCAUGGGCGGCACGACGCAGUACACGGUGAACAACCAGAUGGUGAACGCCACGCUCAUGAACAUCGCCGACAACCCCACCAACGUGCAGCUCCCGGGCAUGUACAACAAGGACGAGAUCCCCCGUGUGCCCAUCAUCGUGACGGGCAACGACUUCUCCACCCUCUACGCACCCCUCAUCCGUGACGGGCGCAUGGAGAAGUUCUACUGGGCGCCCACCCGCGACGACCGCGUCGGCGUCGCCCAGGGCAUCUUCCGCCUGGACGGUGUGCCCGAGGAUGACGUCACGCAGCUCGUCGACACCUUCCCCGGCCAGUCCAUCGAUUUCUUCGGCGCUCUCCGCGCUCGCGUGUACGACGACGAGGUGCGCAAGUGGGUGGCAAAGAUCGGCGUGGACAAUGUGUCAAAGCACCUGGUGAACUCGCGCACGGGCCCGCCCAAGUUCGAGCAGCCGCCCAUGAACCUGGCCACUCUGUUGGCGUACGGCAACAUGCUGGUCAAGGAGCAGGAGAACGUCAAGCGCGUGCAGCUCGCUGAUACUUACCUCGCGUCCGCUGCUCUGGGCGACGCCAACAAGGACCAGAUGGAGCAGGGCACCUUCUUCGAAGGUGGCUAUGCCCAACAAGUGGGAGUGCCAGUGCCAGCAGGUUGCUCUGAUCCCAAUGCUGUCAACUAUGACCCUACCGUGCGCAGCGACGAUGGCAGCUGUGUCUAUGACUUCGCCCAAUAAGCUCCCCGCUACGUUUGGGCUCAUUCAGUACUCUGCUGUGUUGUGAAUGUGUGUUUUGACUAGGAUGUCCCACCCUUAUAUAUAAUGUUUUCGUCCUGCAGGAUGCUCUUUCAUACGGUAUGUAUGCUUAUGCCACACUGCAGAUCCAUUCCAUGCCCCGUACACAGACAGGUAUCCCCACAAUGGUACCAUAUGAGGGUGCUUGGUGUGUUGCUGUGUAAGGCAGCCACCUGUCAGGCUCCCAUUGGCACCACUCUGACCCCUAUGAGCUGACUACACAACUUACCA